AUGGGUCCUGGCAAUGUUGAACAACACCUGACUGUCAGCGGCUGGAUCCUCAUCAAGGAACUCCACAAUUCACUGCUUGCCAGGUUCAACAACAAGCCGCUCUCUGGGCCUGGCCGGCUGAUCUCGCUCCCCUAUUCUCAAUUGGUUUCCCAGGACUACAUGAAGCUCAACAAGCCGUUCGGCGUCUUGCCCGGCUGUCUUGGCACUGAUAUGCAGAAUCGACAGGUUGCGCACACCAUCUUCAACGCAACACGCUAUCGGGCGGUGGACGACGAGCCGGACAAGUACGCGGGGCUUGUGGAGAGCGUGGGGCAGGCGAUACUGGUGAUAUCAAAAUGCAACAGUCUCGGCCAGCUCGGCGUCUCUUUUCCCGCUCCAACCCGGUAG